AGCGCGGAAGUGCAGGAAUUCAUGAAUGUGAUACCGAAAGUAACUUUGUCUUUACCAUUAAAAUCUGCUCGAGUUUAAAGAGAGACACUCAGCACGUCACAAUGGCAAAUCGAAAAGAUGAUAUUAUGAAACUCUGCUGUGAAAUCUCCGCAAAUAAGAAGAUACAAGCAGCAUUUAAGAACUCAGCGAAAGGAGCCGCAGUUGCUGGUGGAGGGGCUUUUGUAGGAGGACUGAUCGGAGGUCCAGCUGGUAUAGCUGUUGGUGCUGCUUUGGGAGGUGCGCUGGGAGGAUGGAUGACCAGUGGCCAGUUCAAGCCACUUCCUGAGAUCAUCAUGGAGUUGGCUCCUACACAGCAGGAGAAACUGUACUCUGAUAUCAUGGCAGUAAUGGGUACACUGAAAUGGACUGACCUCACUCAGUUAAUAGCUCAAGUUAAUGGGAAUACCGCUCUACAUGAGCAGGUUCUGGCUGCUAUACUCAAUUACACUAAAACCCAGCUCAAAGCUGAUGUGAAGUAUGAAGAUUGAACACUGAGGGUGAAUGUCGCUGGUUUAGUUACCCUUUUAAGUUAUAACUUUUAGUUACUCUUUCUGUUUUUUUAAUGCAUUUCUUUCUUUCUUUUUUUUUAUACAGAGUUACAUAGGUUUAACUAUUGACUUUAAACUAAUGACUAUUGGCAUUUUGUUAGCAAAAAGUAUGAUAAAGGUGUAUUUAUAGUUGAAAUAUCUUCUGAUGUAUAAGAAACUGUUGGUAUAAUGUGAGACUAAAAAUGGUUGAAACACUAUUUGUAACAGAACUAAGUUGGGACAAGCUAGAAUAAUGUGGUUGCUACAGUUUAUAUUCUUGAUGUCACAUGUACAAUUUUAACCCUCAUCCUUCCCUCGAGUCCGAAAUUAUUAUAUAUAUUUUUUUAAUUAAACAUUGAGUGUUUA